CUGCGUAUGGCCCGCCUCGGCCGCACGUCGGGCCGCGCGGGGGCGGAGCGAGUGCGGUUGCACCAACGCCGGUACUUAGGCGCGGGCCGGCGUGUCCUUGGGCUUAGAGAGCGGGACGUCCAGCUUCCUGGUGCGGUCCUUCAGGGCGCGAGCUACUAACGAGCGAGUUAAAAAUGGGUGAUGUUGAGAAAGGCAAGAAGAUUUUUGUUCAGAAAUGUGCCCAGUGCCACACUGUGGAAAAGGGAGGCAAGCACAAGACUGGACCAAAUCUCCAUGGUCUGUUCGGGCGGAAGACAGGUCAGGCCGUUGGAUUCUCCUACACAGACGCCAACAAGAACAAAGGCAUCACCUGGGGAGAGGACACGCUGAUGGAGUAUUUGGAGAAUCCCAAGAAAUACAUCCCUGGAACCAAAAUGAUCUUCGCUGGCAUUAAGAAGAAGAAUGAAAGGGCAGACUUGAUAGCUUAUCUCAAAAAAGCUACGAAUGAGUAAUAGCUGGCCACUGCCUUAUUUAUUACAAAACAGCAAUGUCCCGUGACUUUUUUUAUGUGCACCAUAAUUUAAUUCUCAUACACCAGAAUUCAGAUCAUGAAUGGCUGACAGAAUAUUUUUGUCCAACAGUCUAAUAUUGCCUUGUGUGGUUAAAUAGGAAAUUUUGGUAGUAAUUCCAGUUCAGUGAAUGCCCUCACUGUUUUCCCCUUCUAAGGAUAUGAUUGGACUUAACUAACAAAACUUGUCAAUGCCAUCUCAAAACCUGUUGGGAGAUUGGAUUUAGAUUUAAAUGCUGGGGAAAUUGCCUCACUGUCUCAGAACUGAACGAGAUUCCCUUGUUCUUUACCUACCUAAGGCAAGAGCUGAAGACAUUUGGAAAUGUCUACUUCGUAUUUUUGGUCUUAGCUGUGGCAAUCUCAUUAGAAUUUCCUGUAUCUAAACUUCUGCCUUUUACUUACUGAAAGGCAUUUUAGUGUGGUUUAUGCAUAUCAAAUAAAGAAUAUUUAACACUUCUCACAUUUUAUAGAUGAUCUGUAAGGUCAGGUGCUUUGAACGUCAGCAUGACCAGGUGAAGUAAAAAGUUACACUUGCUGUUGAAUUCUUUACUACCUUAGACUGAGUUAGAAUUCAGGAUUGUCUGUAAGCAGCCAUUUGGAAACACAUAACACUGAGGAGCUACUGUAUGUUUGUGUUUAGUAAUGGUGCUUUUGCCAACUCAGUGGAAGGACUAAGGUAGAGGGGAUACCAUCAGCACAAAACCUCUAAAAUAUGUGAUCACAAGACUUAAGAGAAUUAAAAACAGAAUUAUAGAUCAUGA